AUGUUACGUAUACGGAAACGCUUUGUUGAAGCCAAUACACGUUGUAUUGUCUCAGUGAGCGACGAAAACGAUGAAUUUUGGUCUGGAAAGCCUGAAUUUCUUGGAUUUUCAAAUUGGACAAGAGUGGGCAAGAGCGAAGCAGCGACCAAGUGGCAAACUGACGGUUUAUUUGCGAAAUUGGAAAGAACAUUAAUAACAACGGAAAUGUGGUAUACCGAAAAUUUCCUUGAUCGCGACCUACCAUGGGAUAAGAUACACCACGUGAGAAACUUGACCGCCGGUAUAUUUGGGUCAAUUCCAGACUAUUUAGAGUUGGCUGGAUUAGCAGUAAGACCUGAGUUUCAUCGUCGCGGUAUUGGUGGAAUGAUGUUGAAAUAUGGAAUUGAUUUAGCUCAAGAGGAACAAGUUCCUAUUUUGCUCCAAGCUUCUCCUGUGGGGACUCGCCUGUACACGAAAUUUGGUUUUCAAGAAAUAAGGAAAACAGAAGUGUUUCCAGAAGUGAUAGUUGUGGCUAUGCAAUUGGAUCCGAAGGACUGA